AUGGAUUGGUUUCACUGCAACCGGUGUUUCCAAAAAGAUGGGGCCCAUUUCUUUGUCACCAGCUGCGGCCAUAUUUUCUGUAAGAAGUGUGUGACUCUGGAAAAAUGUUCUGUUUGUGGAGCUGCCUGCAAGCAUCUGGCUCUUUCUGAUAAUCUGAAACCUCAGGAAAAAAUGUAUUUCAAAAGCCCUGUGGAGACAGCUUUGCAGCAUUUUAGCCACAUCUCUCAGGUGUGGAGUUUCCAGAAGAAACAAACAGAUCUCCUCAUCGCUUUUUAUAAGCAUAGAAUCACAAAGUUAGAAGCAGCCAUGCAGGAGGCACAGCAAACAGUGUCCAACCAGAACAAAGAGCUGUCAGUCUUAAGGAAAGAGAAUGAAGAACUAAAGAAAUUUCUAGCCAUCCUGAAGGAAUCUCCAAGUUGGUACCAAGGAAGCAGGUCAACCACACCUCGGCCAGUGGGCAUUACUUCCCCAUCACAGUCAGUUACUCCACGACCCAGUUCUCAGCAUAGCAGCCAAGUGGUCAGUCGGUCCUCCUCAGUGGAGUCUAUCCCUUAUACAGUGGCUGGCUUUAGUAGCAUGGGACAAGAAGCCAGAGGCCUUCAGGGAAGGAGCAUUCCAAGAGAUUCUUAUACUGAAACUCCUUCACCAGCUUCUACUCACAGCCUAUCCUAUAGAACUUCAUCUGCCUCCUCUGGACUGGGGACUUUUUCUUUCAGGCCACCCCCGAAUAGUAGGGAUUCGGGCCACACACAAGUACUCACCCCCAACAGUUCAGGUCAGGGGGAGAGUAGAACCCCACUAGAGAGUCUCCCUGGUUUCCAGCUACCGGUCCCUCAGACUCUCUACCAACAAAGGCAGAUGGGAUUAGCCACAGGGAGAGAAGCAUGGACCACUCCAAGAUAGACCAUCUUCAGGGUCUGAUCUAUACGUACUGAAGGACAGAAAUGCAGCAGCCAAUACCCAUUAGGCGUGAUGGCCUUUGAAAAUGUACCCCCUGCCCUGGCUGGUGUGGCUCAGUGGAUUGAGCACCAGCCUGCAAACCAAAGGGUUGCUGGUUCGAUGCCCAGGCAGGGCACAUGCCUGGGUUGCAGGCCAGGUCCCCAGUAAGGGGCGUGAGAGAGUCAACCACACAUUGAUGUUUUCUCCCUUUCUCCUUCCCUUCCCCUGUCUAAAAAUAAUAAAAUCUUUAAAAAAAAAUGUACCCCUACCUUGUUUCCCUUUGUACUUUCUCUCAAUCUUUACCUUA